GGUUCGCCAUUUUGGCGCCUUCUAGCCGCUAAUUUGUGAUAUCUUGAAUGGUAUGCUGCCUCCAGACGUGUUCGACUUUAACAUUAAAAUGACUACCGAUGGAAUUGAUACCGCUGUUGCCAUGAGGCCUCUUGUAAAUGGGGCUGUUCUUCAUAAAAUGAUAGGCAGACCCGUGACAUUAGUAGGUACCGUCAUUUCGGUGAAUCCUAAAGGUACAACUAUUGAUUUAAAAACUGCAGAUAUGCAAGUUGUAAUUGUUUCAAUGCGAAAGCCAUUGACAGAGCCUGUCAGUGGCGUUAUUGAAGUUCAAGGGAUCGUUCAGGGUCGAAACAGCAUGGUCUGUGAUUAUUACAUGUCUUAUCCCGACACCCUUACUGGAACUUAUCAACAAGAUAUUGCCAGUAGCGUGUUUACUCUCAUUCACAGUUUAAGAAAUCCAUGGGUGGAUAAUUAACUGUAUUUAAAAAUUUUUUUUAAGUUUCUGUUUAAACCUUGUAUUUUAUAAAUAAAGAUUGUAUAAUAACCAACUAUUAAUUUUUAAACAUUUAUAUGGAUAAUGAAUGCAUAUUGUAUAUAUAUUAUAAUAUUUUAUAAACUUCACUUGGAAG